AGAGACCGCGGAGCAACAGGACCGGUCCCCCAGCCCGUCACACCCUUAGAGGCCACUGAGCCCACCACAACACCUUCACGAUGGGCAUCAAAUUUCUUGAAGUCAUCAAGCCAUUCUGUGCAGUACUACCAGAAAUCCAAAAGCCUGAAAGAAAGAUCCAAUUUAAGGAAAAGGUAUUAUGGACUGCCAUCACUUUGUUCAUCUUCUUAGUAUGUUGCCAGAUCCCACUCUUCGGUAUUAUGUCCUCCGAUUCCGCUGAUCCUUUCUACUGGAUGAGAGUCAUUUUGGCCUCUAACAGAGGUACCCUGAUGGAGCUCGGUAUCUCUCCCAUUGUCACCUCUGGUCUAAUCAUGCAGCUUCUGGCUGGUGCCAAGAUUAUUGAGGUUGGAGAUACUCCUAAGGACCGGGCUCUCUUCAACGGUGCUCAAAAAUUAUUUGGAAUGAUAAUUACCAUCGGUCAAGCCAUUGUGUACGUCAUGACUGGAAUGUACGGGGAUCCCUCAGAGAUGGGGGCUGGCAUCUGUCUUCUUAUCACCAUCCAGCUUUUUGUUGCUGGCCUGAUUGUCUUGCUCCUGGAUGAAUUACUACAGAAAGGAUAUGGUCUGGGCUCUGGUAUCUCCCUCUUCAUCGCUACCAACAUCUGUGAGACUAUUGUAUGGAAGGCGUUCAGUCCAACUACUGUGAACACAGGCAGAGGCACUGAGUUUGAGGGAGCAAUCAUUGCCCUGUUCCACUUGCUUGCAACACGUAGCGACAAAGUCCGUGCUCUGAGGGAGGCUUUCUACCGCCAGAACCUGCCUAAUCUCACCAACCUCAUUGCUACCAUUUUUGUUUUUGCCGUGGUCAUAUACUUCCAGGGCUUUAGAGUGGAUCUUCCAAUCAAGUCAGCCCGUUACCGUGGCCAGUACAACACAUACCCAAUCAAGCUCUUCUAUACUUCUAACAUCCCCAUUAUCCUCCAGUCUGCCCUGGUCUCAAAUCUGUACGUCAUCUCUCAGAUGCUGUCUGCCCGUUUCAGUGGCAACCUCCUUGUCAGCUUAUUGGGCACAUGGUCUGAUACAUCCUCUGGAGGUCCUGCUCGGGCCUAUCCUGUAGGCGGAUUAUGUUAUUAUCUCUCGCCUCCGGAAUCAUUUGGUUCGGUGCUGGACGAUCCGGUUCAUGCAGUUAUUUACAUCGUCUUUAUGUUGGGAUCCUGCGCGUUCUUCUCAAAGACCUGGAUUGAAGUGUCUGGCUCUUCUGCAAAGGAUGUUGCAAAACAACUAAAAGAACAGCAGAUGGUAAUGAGAGGCCACCGGGAAACAUCCAUGGUGCAUGAGCUCAAUAGAUACAUCCCAACAGCUGCUGCUUUUGGAGGUCUUUGCAUCGGAGCACUCUCUGUCCUGGCAGAUUUCCUGGGAGCCAUUGGUUCUGGAACAGGUAUCCUGUUGGCUGUCACCAUCAUCUAUCAGUAUUUUGAGAUCUUCGUUAAAGAGCAGAGUGAAAUGGGAAGCAUGGGAGCGUUGCUUUUCUAAUCAUCGCACCCAAGUGGGAUUCGAUUCAUCAUACAACUUGGAAGGCAAAUGCUGCGCUUGUAUUCCAAGGACUUAACGUGAGGCUGAUGUUGGUUUCCAUUUACCAGUGGCGUCCUCCACCAUACUUUUUUUUUUUUUUCUUUUACCAGACCUGGCCAUUUUAUAUGGAAUUUCGGACAAUAUUUCUUUUUGACAAAUUUUUAAUUUCCCAGUUUGAAAGGUAUGCCUUUAGAUUGGGAAUCUAUUUAAGGUCUCUGCUAGAAGACUACAUACCCACACCCUGGUUAGUCAACAGGCCUGUACAUGAGCAAUGGAGCAAUGGUUUAUUUUUUCCUCUUUUUUUUUUUUUUCAAUAAAACUUCUUGAAAACAA